AUGAAGGUGGUCGUCGUUUCCCGGAGCGGAAAGGAGGUCGUCAAGGGCGGAAUCGUGAUCAAGGACACCGUAUGCACUCGCUCUCCGCCUUCUCUCUCCCAUUUUCUGUUGUCCUCCCGGGAUCUUCUCGCUCUCCAAACUCUGCUUCGAGUUUCUAGGGAGUAGUCCAUGCAGGGUCUCCGUGACCGGAUCUGUUCUGAAUCCACCUCGGCCUUGGUUUUUAUGGGGAAAUCUCUUCGCGGAAUCCCCUCUACGAAAGCUCUCCGAGGGAUGGAACACGUUUAUUCUUUCUCGUCGAGUAAUGAUCAUCCCCGCCGUGUUUUCUGCAGGCACUGGUGAGCGAUCUGCAGGAGGCGAUUUAUUCACGAGGUAACUCUUUGAAUGCCGCCGCGCCUCACCUUUACUUCCCCAGAGUGGAGUAGAUUUCUCUUAUCAGUGGCGUUUUUAUCCCUCCAUCUAGGUCAUUUGCUGUUCUUCCCUUAUUCUUUGUUUCUUCGUGUUGUUGCAGAUCAAUAGUGCCCCUAAUAUGGUGGCAAUUUCUUUAAUUUUCCUUUAUUUGUCACAUCUCUCUGUGCUCGUCCAAUCAUCCAUCUCUAUUCAUUCUUUACCGAGAGCUUCCAAGGGAAACCGACCGUCGUUAGACAAGCCGAUCUGGAAAAUAUUUCAUCUCAGAGCACUUCUUCUUGCUAUCUGAUUUAUGAAAUAGUAAUAUGCCCUCCGAGAAAUAAAGAUGUAAUAUGAAUCACGAUUUUGAUACUGUACGAGAAACUCGGCGUGGAACCCCAUGGGAAUGGGAGAGUAGCACCCCAACUGUGGCUGGCCCUGAUGCUUUGGAGCAACCCAGAUGAUAUCCAUGGCUCUUACAUUGGAAAUAGAGCUUGAGACUUAUCGGUAUCGAGGAAAAUACUGUCACCAAGACAUAUUGGUGGGUGCCUCAGCCGCGAAUGAACCACUCAUGCGAUCAAUUUUCUUCUAAUUUUAAGUUUGUUUCAGGUUUUACUCGCUCUGAAUGUGAUCAAUAUUUAUCAUCUAAAUGAUUCCAUGCCCAUUCGCGUCUUGGCGCACAAUCAAGUUUGAAGGAGGCUUUCCUAAAAUUCGUGGCAUGUUUUUUGAAGUUCAGAACAGCCUGUAAUCUUCUUUAAUUUUUUACAUUCAUUUCACUGAAUCGAUCUCUUUUCUGAUCCAAUGGCAGCAUUUCAGACAAGUGAGUGAAGAUGAUUUUUUUUGUGACAGUUUUAUGUUUGCAUAAAAGCAUUGUCUUUAUUCUCAAGCACAUGGAUAUUAAUUAUUCUCAGUAGAAUCAGGUUGUGUCGUUUUUCUUACCUGAAGCGGUAAAGCUUGAUUCAUCAAGUCUUUCACGGAUUUAGUGCUGUAUCCUCCUCCCAUUUCCCCUCCAGCCCUCUGGCUGAGGUCUACAGCGCACAUCUUUACUGUUUAUUUCUGCCCAGAUGGGUGUGGUUUUCUUGAAUGAAAUUAGAUUCCUCUCAAAUAUUGAUUUGAUCUUCAUCUACCGAGCAGCUCAUCUUUUUCCCGUUGCGUUCCUUUUGUGUUAUUUCUAACCGAGAUGGCAUUGAUUCUUUAAGAAAAUCCGAUGAUUUUCUUUCUAAUCAUCCAGCUUGUGAUUAUCGGCGUUUCUGUCCCUGCUCUUGAAAAGCUCAACCCAUGGCUGCUUUCCUUUUGACUCCACAGCGAAGAAGUUCUAUCCUUCCAGACAACGUCUCACCCUUCCACUGCCGCCUGGGUCCAAGGUCAAGCCCACAGUCCUCGACCCAAAGAAGGGCCUCAAGGAAUACACCGAGGGGAAUGCUGACUCGUUGACCGUGGUGUUCAAAGACCUGGGCCCACAGGUCGCCUACAGCACCCUUUUCUUCUGGGAGUACCUGGGGCCCCUGGUCAUCUACCCGCUCUUCUACUACUUCAACGUCUACAAGUACCUCGGCUAUGGCGGCGAGAGGACCAUGCAUCCAGCUCAGACCCUCGCCAUGUACUACUGGUGCUUCCACUACUUCAAGCGGAUCAUGGAGACCUUCUUCGUCCACCGGUUCAGCCACGCCACCUCCCCUCUCUCCAACGUCUUCAGGAAUUGCGCCUAUUACUGGUCCUUCGGCUCCUACAUAGCCUUCCACGUGAAUCACCCCCUCUACACCCCGGUGAGCGACCUGCAGAUGAAGAUCGCGUUCGGGUUCGGCCUGAUCUGCCAGGUGGCGAACCUCUACUGCCACCUCCUGCUGAGGAACCUGAGGGGCCCCAGCGGCAGCGGAGGGUACGUCAUCCCCCAGGGUUUCUUGUUCAACAUCGUCACCUGUGCGAACUACACCACCGAGAUCUACCAGUGGCUCGGCUUCAACAUUGCCACCCAGACCGUCGCCGGCUACGUCUUCCUCGUGGUCGCGGCCUACAUCAUGACCAACUGGGCUUUUGCCAAGCACCGCCGGUUGAAGAAGGUGACUCUCUCUCUCUCUCGCUAGAGAGUCCAUGGUCAACGGUCAACGGUCAAACAUCAUUCACCUUUCUGUGUUAUUCGAUCCGAGAUUCUCGGUUCCACUAUGCAUCUCUUUUUCUUUUAUUAUGUAAUAUAUGCGUGAUAUAUUUCCUGUUUGUCUUGCAGCUGUUCGAUGGAAAGGAUGGGAGGCCCAAGUAUCCGAGAAGAUGGGUCAUCCUCCCUCCAUUCAUCUAA